AUGUACUAGGGAGACAUUCUAGAGGGGCGUGGAAGCGGGACAUUCUAGAGGGGCAGGAAGGAAGACUCGACGUGAGCACGCGCGCCGCCAAGCAGACAGAGGCACAGAGCAAAGCAAAGCACACUAAGGGCCGAUUCCAUAUGAGCAUGGGCCACUGGCGGCACAUGUCAGGCCUGGAACGACUCCAGCCAAACCGCCCACAGCUUGCGCCAGCCCUGCAGGCGUACAUCGGCGGCAUCCCCACGGCGGCGACCGCGUCGGCGGCCCGGUUUGAAGAGCGCCUGCGCUACCUCUUCGCCAGUGGGGCGGCAGGGCAGGCGGCGGGGCAGGCGGCGGGGCAAGCGGCGGGGCAGGCGGCGGGGCAGGCGGCGGGGCAGGCGGCGGGGCAGGCGGCGGGGCAAGCGGCGGGGCAGGCGGCGGGGCAGGCGGCGGGGCAGGCGGCGGGGCAGGCAGAGGCGGGGCCCCGGGGCGCGGUGCACGUGCUGUGGCACUACCACUUCUCCGCCUUCCGCCGAAAGCGCUGGGCUGCGUUCAUCCAGCGCGACCGCGCGCUCCACCGCGUCGCCAAGCAGCUCACAGGCGGCAGGCCCAAGGAGGAGGUGGUGGUGGGGUGGGGUUCGUGGGCCUUCCAGGGAGGGAAGGGCGGCUCCCCCAUCUCCGUCAGGGGCGGGCGCGCGCCGACGGGGCGGCUCAUCAAGCUGCUCCGUGAGCGCUACGCCAAGCAUGUGUUCAUCAUCGAUGAAUACAAGACCUCCAAGACCUGCUACAACUGCGGGUGUCAGGAGAUGGCCAUCAAGCGGCUUGGGGGGCUGAAGGAGGGGCAGCGGCCCUGGUCGGUCAAAGUCUGCAACGACUGCUUGACGACCUGGAACCGCGACGUCUCCGCCGCCAACGUGAUCCGUGUGCUCCUCCUGCUGAAGCUGAUGGGCUUCGAGCGGCCGACCAAGCUGCAGCGGCCGCCAUGGCCGCCGCCGGCGGCGGGGCCGGGCUGAGAGCCUGAACGGCGCUAGCAGGGCGUGGGGCUGAGGGUGCACGUGUCGAUUGGCGGCGAGUGACGUGACUAGUUUGUUAGCUGCGGGUUAGCACGGACUGUGCACCCCACCCAACCGGCCAUGUCCGGAUUUGCGGGGAUGCCAAAGGCCCCCAACAUAGAGGCGUGUGCUUAGUAGGCGCCCGCGUCAAGGUGGCUGGGUUGAUAACGACCCGGGAUCAGCCCUUUUCCUGCCAUAAGGCAGCCACCUCCUUGUUAGCGCAUUCUGCUGAUAAGGGCCAUGGCUUGCAAUCUGUGUGAUAUUUGGCAUAAGUAGCAGUGAGGGGAAAGAGAUGCUGGAGCAGGCAGUAGGGUACCUGCGUGUGUCGAAGACGCGUCUAGAAUCCUCAGGGUUGUUGCCUGUUCAGGGAGCCGCACUGGGCUGGGGGGAUCGCGCAGGCGCGCCCAGCUGUACCAAUAAAGGCGUGUUCCUUUGUCAUCCACGAGCAACAUGGAGCCGCUUGUUGGCGUGUCUCUGAUGCGACAUUGCUCCGACAGCGGCUGUUGUUUUGAGGGCGCUUGGAUUCGACUUGGCUGCCGUGCAAGCGAGCAGAGUAUCGGUGAAGCCAUGCACCCACUGCAUGGUGCACUGUGCCACUUCUCACGCCUUGCCGGUGCCGGAUUGGGAACUUGCCGGUGCUCACUUGUGUGCUGGCGUAGCCCAUGUCCGCCCAUGUUCUCCGUCGGUGUGCAGGCCGCCGUUUGCGUAUAUAUGAACAUAUCGGACUCAGACUGAGCCGUGCUCAGCCAUAAAAUCUGAGUAGCCCAGCGACUGACCCAGCUUGCCACAGGCACGCGGCGCGGCGUCCAUGCCUGCCUCGCGCGGCUGUUAGAGAUGCUAAAGUGCUGCGGCGUAGUGGGCUAGUGGUGAAUGCCAGUAAUUGCUGGUGGUCUGCGCCCUUCUGUGGACGGCUGGGCUUGGGCUGUGUUAGUUGUGCUCCAUGUUCAGUUAGGUGUACGACUAGUACGACCGUCGGGCUGUGGUGCGGCGCUGCCGGCCUGCCAAACAUGCAACGUCUGGUACCCAUUAACU